AUGCGUUUCUCAUCCUAUGCUCUUCCCGCUUUGGCGGCCAACUUGGCCGCUGCCAUGCCCAAGCCUCAGGACAUCGAUCUUGAUAUGGUCCUGGCUGCCCCGGACCCGACAUACUCCGAAGCUACUGGUGUCACUGCCCAGACCGUCACCGUCAACCCUGAAGCUCUCAUUGCUUCGGCCACUGCUGUUAUCUCCUCUGUCAGCGUCGAAGUCAGCGAUGUUCUGUCUCAGACUGCAAUUGCUACCAAUGCAAAGAGAGCAGCUGCCACCACUUGUGCUCCUCAACCUUCUGGAGCGACCUCUGCCCCUACUUACGCACCAGCCAACGACAAUGUUUCCAACUUCAAGGCAAACACCUACUACUCUUCUGUCGCUGCUGCUGCGCCAACCCCCUCUGGCUACACUCAAGCGUUCCAGGCUCAAGCAGCUUCUAACAACGCAUUCGGUUACAUGGGGUUUGACACAUUCGACACUUACGACGUCAACACUUGCGCACAGCGAUGCACUGCCAAGUACGGCUGUGUCUCUUUCAACAUGUACUUCGAACGUGACCCAUCUGUCAACCCUGAUGAUUCAUCCUGCUCGAAUCCUUCCUCGGUUACCAUGAUCAAGUGCGUGUACUGGGGUGGUCAGGUUACUCAGGACAAUGCUCAGAACUCUGGCCAAAUGCGCGGCAACUUCCAAGUCGCGAUCGCUGGUUCCAACGGAUACGUGACUACACAAAUCUCAACUCCUGCUGGCUACCAGAACGGUGUUCCCUUCGGCAAGUUCGCUAUCAACGCACCUUACGAUGCUCAGGGCUACAACACGUACAUGGGAGCCAAAAUCUUCACCGGAACAUGGGAUGUCUCACAAUGCUCCAAGUUCUGCGAUGCUCAGACCAAAUACAAUCUCGCCACAGCUCCUAAGGACGGCACUCCUGCCAAGGUCUGCAAGUUUUUCAACACUUACCUCCUGCAGGCCAAGUUGGCCAAUGGCACAAUCGUUCCUCAGGGUCAAUACUGCUCGCUGUACACUGAGGCUUGGUCCAUCAAAUAUGCUGUCAACGGCGGUCAAUGGAGAGGUCAGGAUCAGUACACUGUUGAUUACAGCUUCGGUUAUGCCAAGACCGACGCUGGUUUCGACCCUACUGUUGGUGAUUCUACUGGUGCUGUCUAUCAAGCUCGUCAGGACAUGACCUAUUCUCCCUCAUCUUUGACUGCUGUCUUCCAGCCCUUCUGUUCUAGCCUUCUUGGAUACAGUGUCCCUAUCGCCUCCGCCACAGCUAUGACCACCACCACACCUGUAACCACAACUACCGUAGUGUCAACGACAACCACUGCAGCCAACGCAAAGCGCAGCGCCGGAUCCUUGUCCACGCCUGCUGUGCUCACCAAAUACCCCUCCUCGAUUUUCAAGAGCGCUUGCAGCCUCAUUGCAACAUCCCCCACCGUCACUUCGACUAUUACCGUUGCUACAUCUACUGUCACUGCUGCGACUCAGACCUCAACUGUAGUUUCU